AUGCCGGACCUCUGCUGGGCCAAGGCAAACCAACGCUCGUUCUUCGCAGCUCAACGCCUUCGCACAGGACACCAUCCUUCAGCAGCGAAGGCGCAUCGCUUCUGCUCUCGUCAGCACGUCAGUCGGUGGUCGUCGCUGUCGACGAUGUCGCUGCCCCAACUGCCAGGACCUCACGAAGCAGUACAGGCGGCAAGAAAGGAACACAUCUGCCAUGUCCCGGGAUGUGGCAAGCUGUAUGCCAAGACGUACCUGAAGGCACAUCUGCUUUCACACAGCGGAGAGCGGCCUUUCGUGUGUCAGUGGAUGUACUGCGACAAGGCGUUCACUCGCUCCGAUGAACUCCAGCGUCACCUCAGAACGCACACGGGCGAAAAACGUUUCCAGUGUGGCGAGUGCGGAAAACGUUUCAUGCGAUCCGACCACUACAACAAGCACGUCAAGACUCACCAGAACCGACGCUCCCGUCUUGCCCCUGUUUCUCCUGCCGAAGGUGAUCACGUCGACGUCGAGUUGUGCGAUGAAGUGUCCAUCGAUUCUAGCGGAGACUUUGGCUCCUUCGCAUUGCCAGAUUCUCCCGUUUCUGAAGCAGAUUUGCAGGAUUUGGACGUCGGAGGUGCGAUGCAGGAUGGAUAG